AUGAGCGCGUUCACCCCGGGUACGUCGCCAGUGCGGAAUGCUUGCGACUUCAGGCUCUCGCGAGAACACAGUGGGAAGACCCAUGGAUCUAUAAUAAUAACGGGAAGACCAGAGAGAGACCAGAGAGACUUGCGAGAAAGCAGAAAGAGACAAGGGCUCGGUCUGCGGGCGCUGGUGGCCGCUCGCCUCGCUGCGGCUGCGGACGACAUCUUUGCGCUGUUUGAAAGAACUGUAGCGGAGUAUGAGGAGCAGCUGGGCCGGCUACAGGAACAGAGCACCGCGGAGAGAGUCGCUCUGAACCCGGGAGAGGGACGCGCAGGAGCGGGGAGCGGGCAGGAGAAAGAUUUUCCUGUGCUGCUGGGGGAUACAGAGGUGAAAGAGGAGCCUGAGGAGCACAAAGUGUGUAUGAAGACGGAAGACCUGAGGACGCCCUGCAGAGACACACACCUCCUCUAUACCAGACCUGACCUACACACACACUAUACCUAUAACACCACCCCUCUCUUAUCACACCUCCACCCAGAAACUAAAGGAGAGACCAGAGUAGAGACCAGGGAAGAGGACUCAUACAUAUACAGCACUUCUGUGGAAGCAGCAGAAGCAAAAGCACAGCUUCACAACAGUUUAGGACAUGACAGGGUGAGCUCCUGUGGACUUGUCCUCACGGAGCAGACCUCAGAUCAGUUGCUGAACGUCCAAGGGGGGAGUGAGCUAUACAGCUCUUAUUUGGACUCUCAGGCAGACAGUUCACAGUGUGUGUCUGGAGCCGUGUCCUGGACGGCUCCUUUCAGCUGCUCAGAGCAGGGCGCGGCUCCUUUCAGUUGCUCAGAGGAGGGCGCGGCUCCUUUAAGCUGCUCAGAGCAGGGCCCGGCGUGUGCGCUGAAGAGACACCAGUGUGAGGAAUGUCCCAGGACCUUUGUGUCCCGCAGCCACCUGGAGAGGCACCGCGGCGUCCACUCAGGGGAGAAACCUUUUAGCUGCUCCUUCUGCGGAAAGAGUUUCAACACAAAGGGCUACCUUGUGGUGCACACACGCACACACACCGGGGAGAGGCCCUACAGCUGCCAGCUGUGCAGCAAAGGCUUCUCUCACCGCAGUGCCUAUAACUUCCACCUGCAGACUCACCGCGCGGACCGGCGGUUUGUGUGUGCGCUGUGUGGGAAGAGCUUCACAGUGGAGGCGUACCUGAAGGUGCACAUGAAGACGCACAGCGGCGAACGUCCGUAUGAGUGCGCCCUCUGCGGACGCCGCUUCGGUCGCGCCAAUGUUCUCAAGAGCCACAUGAAGAUCCACUCAGACGAGAAACCUUUCAGCUGCUCCCAGUGCGGACACAGCUUCACACACAAACACAACCUGGAGAUGCACCGACGCACACAUCGCAAACACAACACUUAA